UUGCAGGGUUUGUUCUCGAAUCCCAUCUACUAUAUAAUUUGGAUCGCUACAUUCGUCUCACAAAUCCUUAUCGUGCAAUUUGGUGGCCGUUGGUUCAGCACAGCAGCGUUGAACAUCGAACAGUGGUUGUGGUGCUUGGCCUUAGGUGUAGGCACAUUGCUCUGGGGACAGCUGGUCACGUCUAUCCCGACUGGCAGCCUCCCGCAGAACAUGACGAUAGGUUCUGGUGAAGCGCCUACCAAUGACCCGUUGAUGCCAGACUAUGAAGACCCGGAUACGCACGAGAAGCGAUCAGGACAAAUACUGUGGGUGCGUGGCUUAACGCGCCUUCAGACGCAGGUACGUGCUUCUGAGUGA